CCUCGGCACUCGCUCCCGGGGAAGGACUUUCUUCCUCUCCAUUUGUGCUGAUGAGCCAAUAAGAAUUUCACAGACCAUAGACCCUCCGUUAAGACAUCAAAUAUUUUAAUGAUUUGAUAAUGAAACUGUUGAAUGAAAAAAAAAAAAAAAGAAGCAAUAACUAAUUUGAAGCAGACAGGCUGAUAUAGACAACAAGAGCUGAGCUAUUGGAUAAGUGGCAGCACAAAACAUACAUCUGCACUAUCAUCACAGACUCAUUAAGUGGCCAUUCAAAUGGGUGGAAUAUGUUAUAUAAAUUGGCAGCAAGUUACCAAUGGAUGAAGGAAUUGAUCUGGGAACCUGCAGAGCAUUAAAGUGAUGCACUUCAUGAGUGGUGGCAUCCUAUACACAGGACAUUACAUCUGAAAUUUUCCAGUAAUUCAGUUUUCAGCUUUCAAGGUGGCUCAGGCUAGAAGGGGUAGAUUGUUCAAUACUCCUGUGCCUAUAAACUAACCAAAAAUGAAGGAGGACAGUUGUUUACAUGCUGCUCUUAUAUGCCUGGGCAUGCUGUACUAUAGUCAUGCUACGUCUACGGAAAAGCUUAACCAUUCAAGGCUAUCACUCCAUGGUCACCAUGAAAAAGGAAAAGAAGGGCAAAUCCUGCAUCGUUCAAAAAGAGGCUGGGUGUGGAAUCAGUUCUUUGUAAUAGAAGAAUAUACAGGACCAGAUCCUGUACUAGUGGGCAGGCUUCAUUCGGAUAUUGAUUCUGGGGAUGGAAACAUUAAAUACAUUCUCUCAGGUGAAGGCGCAGGAAUCAUUUUUGUUAUUGAUGACAAAUCAGGGAACAUCCAUGCAACAAAGACACUGGACCGGGAAGAGAGAGCUCAAUACACUCUAACAGCACAAGCUGUAGACAGGAACACUAACAGACCUUUGGAACCACCUUCAGAAUUCAUUGUUAAAGUUCAAGAUAUAAAUGACAACCCACCUGAGUUUCUUCAUGAAAACUACCAUGCCAACGUGCCAGAGAGGUCCAAUGUAGGUACAUCAGUUAUUCAGGUAACAGCCUCAGAUGCUGAUGAUCCUACCUAUGGGAACAGUGCCAAAUUGGUUUAUAGUAUUCUUGAAGGUCAACCGUACUUCUCUGUGGAAGCUCAAACAGGCAUUAUUAGAACUGCCCUUCCCAACAUGGACCGUGAAGCCAAGGAAGAAUAUCAUGUUGUAAUACAGGCAAAGGAUAUGGGAGGACACAUGGGAGGACUCUCAGGGACAACCAAAGUGACAAUUACACUAACUGAUGUCAAUGACAACCCACCAAAGUUCCCACAGAGUGUGUACCAGAUGUCAGUAUCAGAAGCAGCCGUUCCAGGUGAAGAAGUAGGAAGAGUGAAGGCCAAAGAUCCAGAUAUUGGAGAAAACGGCUUAGUGAGCUACAGCAUCAUUGAUGGAGAUGGUAUGGAUAUGUUCGAAAUUACAACGGAUUAUGAGACUCAGGAAGGUGUUGUAAAGCUUAAGAAGGUCUUAGAUUUUGAAACCCAGAAGUUCUACAGUCUGAAGGUAGAAGCAGCCAAUGUACAUAUUGAUCCUAAGUUCAUCAGCAAUGGACCUUUCAAGGAUACAGUUACUGUAAAGAUUACAGUGGAGGAUGCUGAUGAGCCCCCUAUCUUUUUAGCACCCAGUUAUAUCCUUGAAGUACAGGAGAAUUCAAAUCUUGGUACUGUGGUUGGAAGAGUACAUGCCAAAGACCCAGAUGUUGCAAACAGUGCUAUAAGGUAUUCAAUCGAUCGUCACACUGACCUUGAAAGAUAUUUUAGUAUCAAUCCAGAAGAUGGUUACAUUAAGACCAUAAAACCUCUGGAUAGGGAAGAAAUUGCCUGGCAUAACAUCUCUGUCUUUGCAACUGAAGCUCACAAUCGACACCAGGAAGCCAAAGUUCCUGUAGCAAUUAAGGUCCUUGAUGUCAAUGACAAUGCUCCAAAAUUUGCAGCAGUCUAUGAAGCAUUUAUUUGUGAAAAUUCUCAGAGCAAUCAGCCAUUUAUUACAAUUACUGCUGAUGACAAGGAUGAUGCUGCCAAUGGACCAAGAUUUAUCUUCAGUUUACCACCUGAAAUUAUUCAUAAUCCAAAUUUUACACUCAGAGACAACAGAGAUAACACAGCAGAUGUUCUCGUUAGACGUGGAGGCUUUAGUCGACAAAAGCAGGACCUAUACCUUCUUCCUAUUGUUAUAAGUGAUGGUGGAAUCCCUCCCAUGAGCAGCACCAAUACCCUAACUAUUAAAGUCUGUGGCUGUGACAGUCAGGGCUCCAUGCUCUCAUGUAAUGCUGAAGCCUACAUCCUCAAUGCUGGACUCAGCACAGGAGCUUUAAUUGCCAUUCUUGCUUGCAUCGUGAUUUUGUUAGUCAUUGUAGUAUUGUUUGUAACACUGAAAAGGCAGAAGAAGGAGCCCCUUAUUGUCUUUGAAGAAGAAGAUGUCCGAGAGAACAUUAUUACCUAUGAUGAUGAAGGGGGUGGAGAAGAGGACACUGAAGCCUUUGACAUUGCUACUUUGCAGAACCCUGAUGGCAUCAAUGGAUUUAUUCCUCGUAAAGAUAUAAAACCUGAGUAUCAGUAUAUGCCAAGGCCAGGGCUUCGGCCAGCUCCAAAUAGUGUUGAUGUUGAUGAUUUUAUCAACACAAGAAUACAAGAGGCUGAUAAUGAUCCAACUGCUCCUCCUUAUGACUCUAUUCAGAUCUAUGGCUAUGAAGGAAGAGGCUCAGUGGCUGGUUCACUUAGCUCCUUAGAGUCAGCGACAACAGAUUCUGAUUUGGACUAUGACUAUCUACAAAACUGGGGACCUCGAUUUAAGAAACUAGCAGACUUAUAUGGCUCCAAAGACACUUUUGAUGAUGAUUCUUAACAAUAAAGUUACAAAUUUGGCCUUAAGAACUGUGUCUGAUGUUCUGAAGAAUCCAGAAGAAAUGUAAGCAGGUAUUUUUUUAAAAACCAAGAAAAGUCUCAUUUAAACAUUUAAGUUUGACAGAGAGGAUUCCUUUGAUUAAAAAGGACAUCAAAGUGGUAAAUACUGUGAAGUACCUUUUCUUACAAAAGGCAAAUACAGAAGUUGGUUAUCAACUUCACUAGAGAAAUAAACCACUUACGAAGUACAAAAUAUUUAAAUGAAGGAAAAUUCUAAACGUGAACCUACAAAUGAGGGAUAUCUUUUAUGUAUUAUGAACAUCUAAAUCUUUUAUGUCAAAGAAGCUUCCACAAAUUAGAGAGGACAACAGUUCUGAGCUGUAAUUUCGCCUUAAACUAUGGACACUCUAUAUGGUAGUGCAUUUUUAAACUUGAAAUAUAUAAUAUUCAGCCAGCUUAAACCCAUAUGAUGUAUGUACAGUACAAUGUACAAUUAUAAUGUCUCUUGAGCAUCAAACUUGUUACUGCUGAUUCUUGUAAAUCUUUUUGCUUAUACUUUCAUCUUGAACUAAUACGUGCCAGAUAUAAAAACUCUGUCUUGUUGCAGUGGGAGGCGCCCUAUUUCUAUGUCAUUUUUAAUGUAUCUAUUUGUACAAUUUUAAAGUUCUUAUUUUAGUAUACAUACAAAUAUCAGUAUUCUGACAUGUAAGAAAUGUUACAGCAUCACACUUAUAUUUUAUGAACAUUGUACUGUUGCUUUAAUAUGUGCUUCAAUAUAAGAAGCAGACUUUGAAAUAAAAUGAUUCUUUUUUAA